GCAGCAAGAUAAAGGCAAGGGAUACUGUGCACUGUGCAACUGAGAAAGGCAAUUAAAUUGUGCAUACACGUCAGGCUUCUGGCUGGCCACUGCUUUUUCACGAUUUAUGGGACUGCACCAGGAAGCAGGCAGCCUCCUUAUCGCAGUGUGAGGGCGUGCAGCAGCAGCAGCAGCAGGUCCUCAGUGCGUGUAGAGCCAGUGAGCAACGCCAGGCAACAUGAGGCGUGCCCAGGUGGCUGUGGUGGUGGUAGUGGUGGCGGCGGCUGCGGCUGGAGUGGAGGGAAUCAUGUUCCACUUGCAGCCCAACACACAGAAGUGCUUCAAGGAGGAGAUCCACAAAAACGUGCUGGUGUCCGGCGAGUACGAGGUGCAGGAGGCGCAAGGACAGAAAGUGGACAUUCAGGUGACGGAUUCCAAGGGCCACCACCUGUACAACAAGGAGGAGGCGGACAAUGGGAAGUUCAUCUUUAACACAGAAGACUAUGAUGUGUAUGAGAUCUGCUUUGUUUCCCGUGUGCCCCCAACCAUACGAGGCAUCCAACAGGAGGUGACCCUGAAGACCAAGCAUGGUGUUGAGGCCAAGACCUAUGAGGCACAGAGAUUUCUUGGUGAAGCAGCAAAACUCAAGCCUCUAGAAAUUGAACUCAAGAGGUUGGAGGACUUAAGUGAGAGCAUUGUUCAGGACUUCUCCUACAUGAGGCAACGAGAGGAGGAAAUGCGCGACACAAAUGAAUCAACCAACUCCAGAGUGUUGUAUCUUUCCUUGUUCUCCUUGUGUUGUCUGAUUGGUUUGGCCACCUGGCAGGUCCUUUACCUACGCAAAUUCUUCAAAGCCAAAAAACUCAUUGAGUAAUGGAUUGUGUGGCUGAUGCAGCAGUUUUGCCUGUCCCAACCUUUAGCUCCUGCCAUCCCAGGCACCACAAUAGCUGCUGCACCACUUGUCUGUUUUGUUCACUUCAAGGGAAAAGACUUUCACUGCUUGCUUUCAAUAGAUGGUUUUGCUUGAUUAUUAGCUCAGAAGGUCUAUGCAGUUAAUUUAUUCAUUUGGGUUUUUCAUCUGUAUGAAAUUACUCAUCUUGGCUAACAGAUUUUCUCUGCAUUUUAUGAUAAUGAAGAUGUACACAUUUUUAAAGAUUGGAAUAAUGAGGUUGUACAAUUUUUGUCAAGUAAUACCUGGAAUCUUUAGAUAAUAAGGACUCUCCAGGGGUUUGGUGCUGCCAAAAAUCUUCACUACCCCAAGACACAAAUCAGCACGAAGAAUGUUUGAUACCGUUUCUUAUCAUGUUUUUCUGUUGAUCACUGCUUCAGAUUUUAUUUAUGAUCUACUAGUUGAUGUAAGCUUGAGAGCAAUUGUAUACUGGCCAAAUUUUUAAGCUACAGUGGUUUCUAAGUAAUGUGCUUGAUAUGUUCAAACCUAGGUAUACCUUGUGCCAGGUCAACAUCCCUUAAUGUGGGUAGCAGAGGAAGAAUUACACCUUGACUCGUUGAAGGAGUAAAAAAUGCUGAGGAGGGGAUCCUCAGUCCCCCUCACUCCGUCCCUUUUUAAUAACUUUUUAUGACAUGCAGGAGAUGAAAUAGCAGUAUUCCAUCAGCCAGACUGCCUUUCUAGUGCCACCAGCAGUUAGUUCACAAAUAUCAGAUUUUUUAUUGAUAUGUCUUAUUUGUGUAUGUGCAAGUAUUUAUUCAUUUGCAUUAAAGCAGCAGAACUUGGUAGUUAGGAGUCAUUGUAUAAAUCACUGGUUUCAUGCACAUGUACACUUCACAAUAUACAAUCUAUCCUACAAAAAACAUGAGAGCCAAACAUGUAGGAGAUACAAGCUGCAACCAUUUUCUGUUGCUUUUAUUUAUUUCAGGUAAGGCUAGUGACAAAUAUAUGAAAUAUAUUGAUUCUUUACUUACUUGAAAAUAUUCAUGAAUUCUCAUCAAAUCCAAGAACUUCACAUACUCUGAACUGCCUGAAGCUUAAGCCAUACCAGGUGAAGGAAGGAGUAACAAGUGCAGUGUUUCAUUUGUGCUUUGUAUCUUGGAACUUACUUUGUUCUUAACCCUCACAUUACUGCAAAACCACUGUAUUUAGUUCAUUCUAACUAGGAAAAUAGGCCACCAAACAGACACUUUAGAGGAUCUGGUGUGCAUGUGUUUCUGAUUGUGUGUGUGAAUGUGUGUGUCCGUGUGUACUCAAGUAUGUGUGUUAUCAAGUUCUGGUUUCAAGAAUAAAAAUAUUUGUACA